CUUGUAAACAUGAAAAAUCUAAGCAUUCCUACAUAUUGUUGUUUGGAAAUUUUCAAAAGGUUUCCGACUUGAAAAUACUAUUAAUUUCUCAAUACGGACGCAGGGUGGCGCUGCAGGCUAAGGUUAUGCAUAACCGGUAAAAAGCUUCCUGGUCCUUUGUGUGGCAAGACAGAAUAAAAAACACGGACUGGAAGCAGCACACGAAAUACCCGUCUCUGAAUGGCUUUGGGCUGCGGUAUACUAAAUGAACAAGGGUUAAGAGCAACUGAGUAAGGAAUUCUCCAACGGAGAAAUCAGAAUUCAGCAUUCAAGCCAUUCAGAGCUCCCUGAACAGUCUGAAGCAAGCACUCGCGUUUCCGCCAUGGAGAAGCUGGAGAGAAAUCAUCCAAACAGGCAAGUGAUUCCUUUCCUUUUUAUGCUGCUUUGGGAUCAGGUUCUAGCAGUGCCUACUCAGUACUCUAUCCUGGAAGAAGCAGAUAGUGGCUCCUUUGUAGCCCAUCUGGCAAAGGACCUAGGCCUGAGUUCUGGGGACCUGACUGCCCGGUCUGCACGGGUGGUGUCUGACUAUGACAAACAGCAGUUGAUUCUGGAUCCUGAGACUGGGGAUCUGCUUCUGAGGGAGAAACUAGACCGGGAAGAGCUGUGUGCCUCUGUGGAUCCCUGUGUGCUGCAUUUCCAGGUGUUCCUAGAAAAGCCAGUGCAAUUUUUUCAAGGAGAAUUACUGAUCCAGGACAUAAAUGACCACUCACCAGAAUUCCCAGAUAAAGAAAUGCUUUUGAAAAUACCAGAAAACAGCCAGCCAGGCACUCUGUUACCACUAAAUUUAGCCCAGGACUUGGAUGUGGGCAGCAAUGGGCUACAGCAAUACACAGUCAACCCCACCUCUCAUUUUCAUGUCCUCACUCAGAAUAAUAGCGAAGGCAAAAAAUACCCAGAAUUGGUGCAGGACAGAGCCCUAGACAGAGAGGAACAGGCAGAGCUGAGCUUGACCCUCAUGGCUCUGGAUGGUGGCUCUCCACCUAGGUCAGGAACAGCCAUGGUUCGAAUCCUGAUUCUGGAUAUUAAUGACAAUGCCCCCAAAUUUGUGAAUACCCACUAUGAGGUGCAGGUCCUGGAGAGCAGUCCCCCAGACUCCCCAGUUCUGACUGUGUUAGCACAGGAUGCAGAUGCUGGCAACUUUGGGAGAGUUUCCUAUGGCUUGUUCCAAGCAUCCGAUGAAAUUCAACAAACUUUCUCAAUAAAUGAAGUCACAGGAGAAAUCCGAUUGAGAAAGAAACUGGAUUUUGAAAAAAUUAAAUCUUACCGUGUACAAAUCAAGGCCACAGAUGGGGGAGGUCUUUCUGGGAAGGGAGAGGUGGUGAUAGAGGUGGUGGAUGUGAACGACAAUGCCCCAGAGCUGACCAUAUCUUCCCUGACCAGCUCAGUCCCAGAAAAUGCUCCUGAAACUGUGGUUGCUAUCUUCCGAAUACGAGACAGAGACUCUGGGGAGAAUGGGAAAAUCAUUUGUUCCAUUCCAGAUACUCUACCAUUCAUUUUAAAACCCUCUAACAAGAACUUUUACACACUGGUGACAGAGAGUCCUUUGGACAGAGAGAGCAGAGCUGAGUACAACAUCACCAUCACAGUCACUGACAUGGGCACACCCAGGCUCACAACCCAGCACACCAUCACAGUGCAGGUGGCUGAUGUCAACGACAACGCCCCCACCUUCACACAAACCACCUACACCCUGUUUGUCCAGGAGAACAACAGCCCCGCCCUGCACAUAGGCACCAUCAGCGCCACAGACUCAGACUCAGGCUCCAAUGCCCACAUCACAUACUCUCUGCUGCCCACCCAAGACCCGCAGCUGGCCCUCAACUCACUCAUCUCCAUCAACGCCGACAAUGGGCAGCUGUUCGCGCUCAGGGCGCUGGACUAUGAGGUCCUGAAGACCUUCGAGUUCCGCGUGGGCGCCACAGACCAAGGCUCUCCUGCACUCAGCAGCCAGGCGCUGGUACAAGUGCUGGUGCUGGACGCCAACGACAAUGACCCCUUCGUGCUCUACCCGCUGCAGAACGCCUCUGCACCCUGCACAGAGCUGCUGCCCAGGGCGGCAGAGCCAGGAUACCUGGUCACCAAGGUGGUGGCAGUGGACCGCGACUCUGGACAGAAUGCCUGGCUGUCCUUCCAGCUGCUCAAGGCCACGGAGCCCGGGCUGUUCAGCGUGUGGGCUCACAAUGGCGAGGUGCGCACCUCCAGGCUGCUGAGUGAGCGCGAGGCUCCCAAGCACAGGCUGCUGCUGCUGGUCAAGGACAAUGGUGAUCCUCCAAGGUCUGCCAGUGUCACUCUGCAUGUGCUGCUGGUGGAUGGCUUCUCUCAGCCCUACCUGCCUCUGCCAGAGGUGGCGCAAGACCCCGCGCAGGAUGAGGACGCGCUCACUCUGUACUUGGUCAUUGCCUUGGCUUCUGUGUCUUCUAUCUUCCUCUUGUCUGUGCUGCUGUUCGUGGGGAUGAGGCUGUGCAGGAGGGCCAGGGCGGCCUCUCUGGGUGGCUGCUUUGUGCCUGAGGGACACUUUCCUGGUCACCUGGUGGAUGUCAGCGGCACUGGGACCCUGUCCCAGAGCUACCAGUAUGAGGUGUGUCUGAGUGGAGACUCUGGGACUGGUGAGUUCAAAUUCCUCAAACCUAUGGUCCCCAACCUGUUGCUUCAGGAUGCUGGGAGAGAAGUUAAGGAGAGUCCCCACUGCAGGGACAGCUUUUUAUUCAGCUAAGUGAUGUAAAUUCCCAGGCAUUGUCCCAUUAUUUUCUUUUAAGAAAUGAUCUUGUUUCUAAGAAGUUCUUCACUAGUCUAACUUGCUUACAUCCUUAAUCCGCUGUUUUUCAUUGGUGUGAAAGUACUAGGCUUUUAGUUGUUCUAAGUAUAUUUCAUAUUUUUCUCCACAUAAGAAUAUCUCUUUGUUACUCAUACUCCCAUAACCCUAAAUAGCCCAAAUAGUAUAACAUUUUCUUUGAAUGAUACUCUUAGUGAUCUUCCAAGACAUUUUAGUGACCUCAAGAAAACUUGAGUUUGUGUAUAAAUUUGGGAUUCUUGCCCUUUCUAUGUGAUUUCAUCUUUUCAAAGGUAGAUUGUUUAAAAUUACUUACAUCACCUGGAUCUUUCUGCAUGAAUGGAAAGCCGCAUUAUGUCAUGUUCACUUUCAGGCUUAGUACCCUGAGUAGUCAAGUCAUAAAAUUUAAACUGUAUGUGAAUGUACACAAGGAUUGUGACACUUUUUGUUUGUGAGCAUCAUGCAUAUUAAUAGGCCUGUUUAUUUGGUUGCAAGUGUUCUGGAAAUACUAAAGUUUAAGUUUUGAAUUCUUACUUGAUGCAAAUUAAAGAGAAAAUAUGUGAUUUCUCAUUCCACUUAUUAAAUAAAACUGUUACAUCCCUGCUUUGCCAUAAUCUCUUUUAAUAGUUAAUCUCAUAAUCAGUAUUUUGUUCUUUCUUUCUUAAAAGGAAAAUGCAGGGUUAUUGAGGACAUUACAUUUAUCUUUUUCUUUCCUUGUACAAAGAAGUCCCAGCAUGGCAUAAUGUGUGUGUCUUCUCUGGAAGCUUCUCCCACCUUUCAAAUGAUUUUUUUUGAAGAGUGGGUAUUCUGUUUAUUAGAAGAUUUCAAAAUGUUCACUUUGUGUUAAUUGGAGGCUCUAGGCAGAGUUUAUCAAUCAGCAAAAAUAUUUUGGGUGUUAAAUCAUUUUGUUUUGUUUUUUUAGUGUACUCUUGAGUUACUUUGAGUUAAACUGGUAAUUAUGAAUAUUAUUUUGUUUGUUAAUAAAUUGGAACAGUAGCAUAUUUAUUGAUUUGUAAUUGCAGUAUUCUGUUGUGUUCAAUAAGCCUGGUGAAUUGAUUGAUUGGUUUCUAACUCAUUACAUGUACUUAGAUAAGUAAGAGUGUAUCAAAACUCCUUGAACUUUUGGUAGAAAAUGAGCAAUUGAAAGGUGUUCUUCAUAUCCCACUAUCUAUUUCUAAAUCUUAACUAUCAGUCUAUGUGAAGUGAAGCAGUUGGACUUUCGCGCACAUUUGUCUCCUCACCAAAGCUACAAUGAAAAAGACAAAUUACUGGCAGUUUAAGUUCUUGAAAUGUGGAUUUUAGUUGACAUUCAAUUUUUGAAAAAGAGAUAAAUAACCCUGAAAGUCAGCAAGUCCCACACAGAAGACCUGAAAGUGAGGAGGAGACCCUUUGGGAAGAAGGUCUUUGUCAGGAGAGGGAGGUUGUAAGAGAGGAAAUUUGGGGUGUAGGAAAGAGCUAAACAAUGUCUGAAGAGAUAAUGACUGACAAUUUCUACCACUGUUGAGUCUUUGAAUGUUGGGAGAACCAAAGAAACCUCAUCAGGGUCUGUAAGAAGCAAAGCUUACUUGAGCAUAUGAUAGGAAAGUUGCUCAACACAAGGUCCAAGACAGGAAAAAUGUUAAAGCAACUAUAUGAAAAUGAUGUAUUUCU